UCGUAUUUGAACCUAAAACCGUCCUUUCCUCUAACCACCUACUCUUUAGAUUCUUCUCAUUAGAAAAAAAAUUAUAAAAAAAAUAAAAAAUUCAACAUACAUCAGUCCUCCCUCUCCCAUCAGUCAAAUUAGUCCCAUUGUCAAAUUCAGGUCAAUUUUAACUCUAUUCCGUCACACAGACUUUACCAUUUACCGAUCAUGUUUCAUUAUGAUUUGGUCAAAAGAGACCAUAAUGAAGCAAAUUCAACAAAAAUGGAGAAGUGGAGUUAGGAAAUAGUAUUAUUAUAUAUCAUCAUGAUGUAGGUAAUAGGAGUGUAUCAGCAUCUCGGACACGUUUUGGGUUUCUCGAAUUACACACUCAGAAAGUUUGGCAACACGUGGUUUGGGACGCCUUUUUGUCCGCUACUCUAUUUUAUGUAGAGUGAGAAAGAUUGGAGUCAGAGAGAGAAACAGUGGACCUUUUAUACUCAUAGAUUCUCCAUUUUAGGGGUUUUAGAGAGAGAAAAGAGAGAAGCACUUGGGAGGUCAAUCGACGGAGAAAUUCGCAAAUUUUCGGUGCAAGAUCACCGGAGUACGUCAGAUUCCGGUGAAAUGGCUGACCAGAAGUCGCCGGACUGGCUUCCGUCAGGUUGGACCAUGGAGCUCAAAGUUCGGAGGGAUGGGAGAAAAGACAAGUACUAUAAUGAUCCUGUUAGUGGAUAUGUAUUCCGCUCUAUGAAGGAUGUUCUUCGCUAUGUUAAAACUGGAGAGCUGGGAAGGCUUGCAUCCAAACCAAAGGACAAGGGCAACAGUCAUAUGGAGUUGGAAGAUGAUAAAUUAUCUUCACCGGUUGUAGCUGAAGACCAGAAUUUAGCAGAAAGUGGAAUAAAUAGACAGAUUAUUGAGAAUCAGAGCUUGAAGCCGGUUGGAGUAGUAAAGGAGGAACAAAAUCAGAGCUUGAAGCCGGUUGGAGUAGUAAAGGAGGAACAACAUCAAAGUUUGAAGCCGGUUGGAGUAGUAAAGGAGGAACAGAAGCCGGUUGGAGUAGUAAAGGAGGAACAAAAUCGGAGCUUGAAGCCGGUUGGAGUAGUAAAGGAGGAACAAAAUCAGAGCUUGAAGCCGGUUGUAGUAAAGGAGGAACAAAAUCUUGAAUCCACAUGUACUGGAGAUUGCAUACCUCUCUCUGAACAUACAUCUGAUCAGUGUAGGGAAGGGGCUGCAGUGAACAGUGUUGACUUGCCAGGAUCCAAGGAUUUGAAGCAAGGAGGAGCGAGUAGUGAUUCUACUAUAAGCAGUGUUUCAGCUGAUGUAGUUGGGGCCCUUCCAGAAAAGCAACAACGGGAAGAUGGCAUAGGAAGGCAUCGAAGUAGAAAGAAGCUACUUGGGUUAAACAAAAUGAAAGAGCCUCAGUUACCUCGCCGGGCUUCAAAACGACUUGCUGGGAUUGUAGUCGAUCCACCAGCAGACUUAAUAACGAAUAAACGAGCUCGUCAGGUUGCAGCCAGAAGGUCAGAUGAGGCAGACCCUAGUACUAGUGAGAACUUGGGAAAGGUGACCACCCAAGAAGAGCAUGCUGGAAAGGAAGAAGCAGAUAAUAAGCCUGACAAAGAGCGAGAAUGCCCUCUUGUUUUGCCUCCCAAGAACCCAUCUAUUCCAGAAGAACAUGUUGGACUACUUGAAACUGAUGACAAUGCUAAUGAGAAACCAGGAUCCCCUACUUACUUAUAUUCAGACCCAUGCAUUGACUUUGCAAUAAAAACUCUUACGGGUGCAAUUCCAAUAGAGGAUGAGAAUAAGGCUGACGGGAACCCAUGCCCUAAUCCGAUAGGGGAUGAGAAUAAGGCUGAUGAGAAUCCUGGUUGCAGGGUGGAUUCAUGGAUGGACCCAUGCAUCGAAUUUGCUAGAAAGAUACACACAGGUGCAAUUCCAAUAGGGCACGAGAAUAAGGCUGAAGAUAAUAUGGAGUUGUCUUAUGGAGAUUUGUGUACAGACCCUUGCAUAGAAUUUGCAGUAAAAACUCUCAUUGGCGCGAUUCCAGUAGGGGAUGAUCUGUGUGUUCAGAAUUACUUUCAGCAACCCAGCUCAUCAGAAACCCAAGGAGCCAAUGGCUUGAAAUUACAAAAUGUUGGCUUAGAUUUCCGUGACGCUGAUAUUUUGUGCCAACAAUCAGAGAAGCCUUUACUUAAACAACAGGAGUCGGUGACGAGUAAUUUAACAAACUCAGGAAAUGUUAGCUUACAGAAUUCAGGUGGUGGUGGUCGUCACCAACACGUUGAAGGGAGAAGUGAGCAAUGCUCAAGACAGACAAUGCUUUAGUAGAAAUAUCUAUGUACAAUUAGAAGAACUAACGUAUGAACUAUGAAGUCUGUACAAUUAGAAGAGCUACUGUAUGAACUAUGAAGUUAUUUAGGUAUUAUGACCUUUUCCCCUUU